UGUAACAUAGUUCAACUGCACAGUUUAUUCCAAAAUAUCCUGCGUUCAACAUCUGAUUUCAGGAAAAGUACAGAAGUAUCAAAAUAUACCAGACGUAAUGAAAAUCAUUGGAUCAUAAUCACUGAUGAACGGAUUAAUGCAUAUCUGUUCAUCACUUCGACGUAGCAGCUUGUAAACGUGGCGUUGGAUUUAAGUAUUUCAUCAAUAAAGUAUUCUAAUCUUUAACAGGGGUUUACAGAGUGAAGCGGGGGUGCAGAGCAGCAGCAGGUCAAAGUGCCUCGGACCUGUUCGGAUACUUCAUUAAAUCACUUCCCACCUUUUAUUUCUCUGCCUCCGCAUCAUGCAGCACAGGUGAGCCGGGCAGGCCCCGCCCCCCUCAGGUGCGGCUCAUUAAAAAGCUGUGAAAGCGGAACAAUGGCGUGUGUCCGUCGGAAGUGAAGGCGCCAAACUUAAACUGCAAAAAUGUCAACGAGUGGAGUGGAAACGGCAGCUCAGAGCCCGCUGCUCUCCUCCAGCUUGUGUUUCAGCCCGUGGUCGUGUGUUUGUGUAAAGGGCUGGUCGGCCGCCGUGUGGAACGGCCUCCCCGACCCGCUGCUGGCCGCCGCCUCCUCCGGACGCUCUGCCCCUGAGCCGUGGCUGCUACCCGGCUGCAGCUCCGUCUAUGACAGCCUGGUCAGUAAUGUCUCUCCGAUCCCGUCGCCUCCUCCUGCGAGUGGCCUGCGAGGAAGAGAAAGAGCUGCCAGCAACAAACCUCGCAGGCCUUCCAUCUUGGAGCGCUGUAUCCUCAAAGUGUCCACCAGCAGCGUGGCUGUGGGGACGGACGAUUUGGACAAGAGGUCUCCCCUCAGUCGCUGCUACCCCCGCCUCCCGGAUCCGGCCAACACAGAGACCAACGCUGCGGUUCUGAAGCGGCGGCAGAAACAGAUCCAGUACGGCAAGAACACCAGUGGCUACCAGAACUACCUGCAGCAGGUCCCCAAACACCUGAGGGACCCUAAACUCCACCCAUCUACCCCCAACAAGUACAGGAAGUACAGCCGGCGCUCCUGGGACAUGCAGGUGCGUCUGUGGAGGAGAUCGCUGCACCUGUGGGACCCCCCGACCGAGAACCAGCCGGACGCCGCCGACACACAGGACCCAGUGGAGCAACUGCAGAGCCAGCUGGCAAAGAUGACCUCUGACCUGUGUGAGGACAGAGGAGAUAAGCAGAGAGAGAAGGAGACUCCAGCAGCCUCUAAAGCCUCCUCCGUGUCUCCUCUGUCGGCCGGGACAUCGCUGGAGCUGCCUGGACCCUGGAGCGUCCCCUUCUCACCGGAAGCUGAGACGAGCCAUCGGCCUCUUCGCUCGCCUCCUGGCCUGAGCUGCUCCCUCAGGAGUCAGCUGACCACCAACGACAGCGUGACUGACUGGCUCCGCCUCCUGCUGGAGGACGGCCACACCCACGAUUUCGGCUCUGAUGAUCAGCAGGUUCCUGUGUUUUCUGACCAGCUCCUGUGGAAUCCGUACUGAUCAUCUCACCGGAUCCUUCCACGUCUUCGCUCCUCAGUGAAGACGGCAAGUUAAAUCGAUGUGACGCCGUCAUCAUGUGGGCCCUGUGCUGUGUUGACCCUGAAUGUGUUGGAGUAACGUGUGUGUGUGUGUAUGUAUGUAUGUAUGUGUGUGUGUGUGUGCGUGUAUAUGUGUGUGUGUGUUUUCCAGUGUGUUUGUCUUUUUUAAGAUCACUGAAGAUUUACUGUAAUGACAGCAGGGAUGUGACGGUCCUUGAUCCAAGUCACAUCCACCCCUCCGUGACCUUUGACCUGAGCAUGGUUCUGUGGUUUGCACUUGGUAGAUUUAUGGAGCACUUCUCACCUACGUCCUGUUUUAGUUGAGUCCUGCACUGAUGGAAAAGCUGCUAGUUUCUUGUACUGUGAGUCACGUAUUUUGUGUAUUAAACCCAUUUGUUGUCACGUUGUCGCCUCCCUCUGGGCGGCUGUCGUCUUUGGUCCACCUUCACCCUGUUGCUCUGCCUUCGGUCUGGAUCAGGCUCCAGCUCCUCCUCUGUGCUGCCGUGUUUUUUCUAAAAAACAUUAACCUUGAU